AUCAUUUCAGUAACGGCGCGACGCGCCACCGAAUUGUUGAGCAGUUUCAGAGCGUUCCAAAAGAUGCGGUAAUUGAUUCGCGUUCGGAUUUGAGCUCGACAUUGUGGGUUGCGAAAGAAGUUUUCAGCAGAGCUACAAUUUGGGACACGCAUCAUGUCGACGAGAAGAAAAAAUUCAAGAGUACUCCACGGGCACCGCUCUUUCGGCAAUCGACGAUUCCGGCGUAUCUCUCAGACUUGUUGUGAAGGAUUGUUCUCUAGAAUUGAACAGCUGCUUGAUACUAACCGGGAGCUCCAGGAUCGUUUGAACUAUGACGCAGCAUUGCACAAAUUCAUUCUGAAAUUUAGUCUUUGCCGCCCGAAAUUCCAGGCUGUGAGAAGCCGUCUCCAAGAAUCAUGUGCGAUUCUAUCGGAAAUCGAUGACUUUCUGGACUUCUUCUCCGAUCCUGCGAGGCUAGGGUCCUACCUUUUGGGAGAAGAAGCGCAAGAGGGUGCGUAUGCGGACCAGAAGUCACCCGCGACAGUCGAAACGCCGGACACGGACGAAGUUCUCCGGGAGAGAAGUCGUCCGAGUACCACAAAUGGUGAAUCACAUCUUUCUAGGAAACCCGACAUCGAUACGAUAAUUGAAGAAGUAGACGAGGGUCCGCCCUCGGAACUUCCCUCGCAGCAACAAAUCAUGGCCGCAGUCGACAGGAUGGAAAUAGCUCGCGAGAGUAAAGCGCUCGCGCUGCGAGUCUCCCAGGCCCCUCCCGUCUAUAAAAUGACACCCGGGAAAGCUUCAUUCGAAAUGUCGACUUGCGACAGGAACAGUCCGGCCUACCUGCUUCGUGGAGUCAAUUUUCGAGGAAAUUCAAAACGAGUACUCCGGCCGAGCGCAGUGAUCUCUUCGAUACCCUAUCACGAGACGAGACCUGGCCGCCGAAGAAGGAGAGCGAUAGUCGUCGAGCCACCGGAAGAGAACGGGGCCUGGUCCGGGACACCCAUGGCACGCAACCCUAUCCCUGACGCGCCUGUGCAAAUAGAUAAACACGGAGAGCUCGAGGAACGGAGCUCGAAUUCGGAAGAGCGCGGUAAGGUCGCUUUGCUCCUCGAGAACGAGGUCUUCUCAACAUCGAGAACAGCAGAGCCCGUCGAUGGGAAAUCUCGAACUUCAACCGAGGAGCGUCCCUCAUCCGUGCCUGAACAUCGUCCUAUUGGGAGAACGGCAGUUGUACACGCCGAUGGAGCCCUGAAGGAGGAAUCGCUCGCGAAUUCUGAUCAUCGCCCUGACACCAUCGGCAGAGAAAGGGUGGAAGAGGAAGAGCGCACCAGGCGGAGCGCGAAAGCCCUCGGUGUUCAACUCGAUUCGAGAGCCGCCAGGGACAGGGCAAAAGCUGAAGCUAUCUGUUCGUCGCCAAACUUGAGUCCGCCGAGGAGAACGGCUGUCGAUGACAUUGUGCUCCCUCGUGGAGGUGUUGUAGGAUCCACGAUACCGUCGAAGCGGUCUCUGAGAAGAGCCCUGACGAAUGUAUGCUAUGCUGAGUCAUCCCGUAAGAAGAAACGGAAAAAUUGA